AUGCUCCAUUUACUGGUUAUUUACUAAUUUUUGCCAUCAUAAAUCAAAUUUGACAUUCUUUACUUGCUAACAAUCUUCAAGCAACAAAAUACCAAUCAAUUGAGGCCUCUGCUUAAUUGUAAUAGCUUGAAGCGUACAUAAUGCAUAAUGUAUAACAAAACGCUGUAUACCAAUUGAUCAUCUGCAGUAUCUUUUGAUUACCAUUAUUUUAGUCUAAUCUUGUUUAUUAGUUGUUACCUGUACAGUCAACAAUCAACCUUUAACAUGUAUUUUGACCAACUAACCAAGUCAACUGUUUGCUCUGUUUAUUCCAGUUUCAUUUACCUUUAUUUAAUAUUCAGCUUUUUUGUUCAAAUUCACUUGAAUUUACUGAUUACUAUUAAUGUUUUGUUUUUUGUCUGAUUACAGUGAAUUGUUUACAGUGAGCUUUGUCUCUUGAGUUAUUAACAGUCGUUGACGUUGAUUGUGACAAACCUUUUGUGACAAUAUUUUAGCUAACAAAACAAUGUAAAAAAAAUGCUAAACAAUCAUUAAAAUGAAUUGUUUGCAACUGACAAAGUAUCAUGAAUUAUGUGAUUCAAUUCAAUCAAUAAACUGAAGAUUCAUCACAAUCUAAGCAUUUGCAAGCAGAAUCUUAAUUAUUGUCACUGGACUUGAAUUUUUAUCAUGUCAAAGGCACAAUAUAUUCAAUGGAAAAUUGAUUUCAUUCAGAAAUGUGUUUUCAAAUGCAAAGCCAUGUACCAAAAAUAUUUCAACUAUAAAAAAUGAUAUUUUUCACCGUCAAAAGACAAGAAUAUUGAUUUGAAAUGAUGAAUCAAUAAAAUUUAAAUGUAAAACAUUAACAUGAGUAACAAUCAUUAUACUUAAAACAGCAGCAAUCACCUUAAUUGUUUGAUUAAGUGAGUUGAUGGAGCCUUGAUAUAAUACUAGGAAUAAUAAAAUUAGGGGAAAAGUGGCAAAUCAGUCAUUGGUUAUUACUUACAGUCUUUUCAUUUCUUGACUUAUUUUUGCCGUUUACCCUCAACAAUAUUAAUGAUUUGUUUUUUGAUGGAUUCAUUUUGUGUAACACAGUUUUCAAUUUUUCAUUUAAUUUUCAUUAAUCCGUGUCUUAACCACUUCCAUUAACUGUUAAUUUGUGUAUUUCUUAAAUCAUAAUCAAUCAAUUGUUAAUCAGUAAAUAUGCCCUCAGAAGAUUCAAAGGCUUCUUCCCCUUUAACCAAGGAGCAAAAGAAACUGCUAAUUGCUUACUUUUACAUGAACUUUUGCGUUGGCGCCUCCAACUCUAUUUUGGCUCCAUUUUUUCCCAGAGAGGCUGAGCUUAAAGGAGCAACACCAAGUCAGUAUGGAAUGAUAUUUUCCAUUCAAGAAGUCAUCUGUUUCUUUUUGUGUCCAGUUUUUGUUAAAUUGUUACCUGUUAUCAAUACUCGUUGGAUGGUCAUCGGCGGAGCAAUCUUGGCUUCAAUUAGUAUCGUUUGCUUUGGAUUAUUAAAAUGGUCACCCGCCGGACAAGGAUUCAUCAUUCUGGCUUUCGUUAUACGUUCAAUAUCGGCAAUUGGAAGUUCAGCUUUGAUUACUGGUAACUACUCAAGCAUUCCAGUUCUAUUCAAUCAUCAUAUGGCUCAAGCCUAUGGUACCUUUGAAUUAGGACAAGGACUUGGUUCCAUAUUUGGUCCAUUUAUUGGUGGUCUUGUUUUCCAAUAUACUGAUUUCUCUGGCCCUUUUUUUGUGAUGGCAGCUAUGGAGUUGAUCGCUGCGCUUAUUAUUUUCAUUGUCCUUCCACCGGGCCCAAAGUACGAUACAGAUGCAUCAUCAGGAAGCAGCUUUAAAUCAGUUUUGUCAAAUUAUUGGAUAUCAUUGAACUUAGGAGUCAGUAUCGUUGCUUGUAUUUUUCUGGGUUUCAACGAUUCUUCCCUCGAGCCUCAUAUAAGAGAAGUAGCUAAUUUAUCGCCUUUCCAGACUGGAUCCAUUUUUCUUGCCAGUGGAUUAACUUAUGCAAUAUUUUCUCAACUAUUUGGCUGGAUAAUUGAUAAAAUGAAUGAUCCAACAUAUCUAUCAUCAUUCAGUUUGUUUUUAUGUGCCUUCUCGAUCGGGUUCUUAGGACCUUUACACGGCUUGCCCUUUAAAGCCAAACUUUGGACAAUUGUUCUGUCUCAAGUCACUUUACAUAUUGGCUUGGCCAUUGCAUUUGUUGGGACUUUCGAUGGAGCGAUGAAAGCACACGGCCGUAGUAAACACUGCGACGAUCCUUUGAUUCCUCGGACAAUCAGCAGCAUCUUUGUCGCUUUCUACUGUUUCGGAAAUGGAGUUGGACCAGCUUUGGCUGGCUUUUUAGUGGAAAACAUGGGUUACCAAAAAGCAAGUUGGCCACUUUUCUGUUUGGGAAUUGUAACGGGAACAAUCUUAUGGAUCUCGGCAUUUACUGGUAAAAAGCAUUAUCCUGAAUGGUCAGCCGAAACCAAAGAAGAAAUGGCUUUCUUAAGACGAGUUUCAAUCAACAAAAACACUCAUGUUAAGUGUGUAACAUUAAAUACGAUUGAGGAAAAUGAAUGAAAUUUAACCAGAUCAAUCAAGACAAAUAAAGAUUGAAUUCAAUUUU